AUGCGUUCGGCCAUCCUCGCCGCCGUAGGCCUGUCAUCCACGGCCGCGGCACUUGUCAGCCGCAAUGGCAAGACUGGCCGUCUUCCCGCGUUGGGAUGGAACUCUUGGAAUGAGUACGGGUGCGACAUCAACGAGACGGUGUUCCUCACCGUCGCGCAGCAUAUUGUGGACCUCGGGCUCAAGGAUCUGGGGUACGAGUACGUCAACAUUGACGACUGCUGGAGCGACAAGAAGCUGCGAAGGGACAACGUCACCAAGGAGAUUAUUGUCGACAAGGUGAAGUUUCCGCAGGGGAUCAAGCAUACCGUCGACAAGAUCCAAGAGUUGGGGUUGAAGGUUGGGAUCUACAGUGAUGCGGGGACUUCUGCCUGCGGCGGAUUCGAGGGAUCGCUAGGCUUCGAAGAAAUCGACGCCGCGACGUUUGCGAAAUGGGGUAUCGGCUGUAAGUUCCUUCGCCGCCUAAAGUACGACAACUACAACGUCCCGAAAGAAUGGUUCGACGACUGGAAAUACACGGGCCUCCCCGCACCCGCAGGCUACAACUGGUCAACCUCUGUCACGGCAGAACGCUACCGCCUCAUGCGCGACGCCCUCCUCGCCCAGGACAGGACGAUCCACUGGCGCAUGUGGGGCGACAUUUACCCCGAGUGGUACGGCCAGCACCAGUGGUCCUGGGGACUGAUGCCGAUCCUCAAUCAUGCUGCCUUCUGGAGCGGACCGGAUGUGAAUGGGUUCUGGGGCCACGGGGACUGGGAUAUGCUCGAGGUCGGCAACGGGAACCUGACGCUGCAGGAGAGCAGGAGCCAUUUUGCGUUUUGGGCUGCCUUGAAGAGUUCGUUUAUCAUCAGUACCAAGUUGGAGGGCAUUCAGCCUGAGAUUUCGGAGAUUUUGUCGACGAAAGAGUUGGUGAAAUUCAAUCAGGAUCCGGAGUUCGGGGCCGCGGCGCAGCCGUAUAAGUGGGGCGUGAACCCGGACGGAGCGUGGAACAUCACGCACCCUGCCGAGUUCUGGUCCGGAGCUUCGGUGGAGGGGACGCACGUGUUUGUGCUGAACACACUGAGCGGCACGGAGGAGAAGACGGUCGCUUUCAAGGAUGUUCCUGGGCUGGAGGCCGGGAAGAAGUAUGUUGUGCAUGACAUGUGGACUGGCAAGGAUCUCGGGGUGUUUGAGGACGAGUACACGAUUGAGCUGGAGAGUCACGAUACCGCUGCGUUGAGGAUCAACGAGGUCAAGUGCGUCAAGAGAGCGCGGGUAUGA